AUGGUGAUGCCCUCGGAGAAUGCCCUACGACGACCGAUAAUCAUCGAAAUUGACCUGGAAUAUGACGACGACGACGAGACUGAAGACGAGGACUUUACCAAGUCGCCAACGUUGACUCACGUGUCGUGCUCAGAGGAAGACGCUGAACCUAUACCGAUAAUAAAGCGAGAGCCAUUCCUACCAAAGCCUAUACCAAACGACCGGGAAAUCAUUCCAAUAUCGUCAAUGGAGACUACUCCUAGGGUGUCGAUCCCGGGAGAUCUUGGUCCCCAGCCUAGUUUCCAAGUGGAAGGUUACGAAGUCAGUGACGCGUCUAGCCAAGUGCUGCUUGCUAGUGUCCCCUCCAUCAGUACCUUGAUGACCUCGUGUAUGGGAUCCCCUCCAACUGUAACAAAGAAAGCAGAACUAAUACGAGAGGAACCAAUACGAGAAGAACCAAUAAGGGAAGAGCCGUUAAGGGAAGAACUCGUAAGGGAAGAACUGGUAAGAGAAGAACCAGUGAGGGAGGAACCAGUUAGAGAGGAACCAGUUAGAGAGGAACCGGUAGGAGAACCUGUUAAAGUCUUGCCUCAACCAAAGAUGGGGGAGCGACGGUACAAGAUCCCGAAGCAGGGGCUGCUCGCCAGCUUAUGCCAACAAACAAACACCGCCAAGGUUCGGGUGGGGCUAUCCAAACGACUCAAAAUCGAACCGCUUCACGAUAACAUCCGCCGCAAGUAA